AUGCCACCUCACCCUCUCCUGCCCAAACCCCCUCUCCGCAAACCUCACACUCUCAUGCCACCUCACCCUUUCAUGCCACCUCCCCCUCUCCUGCCCAAACCCCCUCUCCGCAAACCUCACCCUCUCAUGCCACCUCACCCUCUCCUGCCCAAACCCCCUCUCCGCAAACCUCACCCUCUCAUGCCACCUCCCCCUCUCCUGCCCAAACCCCCUCUCCGCAAACCUCACACUCUCAUGCCACCUCACUCUCUCAUGCCACCUCCCCCUCUCCUGCCCAAACCCCCUCUCCGCAAACCUCACACUCUCAUGCCACCUCACCCUCUCAUGCCACCUCCCCCUCUCCUGCCCAAACCCCCUCUCCGCAAACCUCACCCUCUCAUGCCACCUCACCCUCUCCUGCCCAAACCCCCUCUCCGCAAACCUCACACUCUCAUGCCACCUCACCCUCUCAUGCCACCUCCCCCUCUCCUGCCCAAACCCCCUCUCCGCAAACCUCACCCUCUCAUGCCACCUCACCCUCUCCUGCCCAAACCCCCUCUCCGCAAACCUCACACUCUCAUGCCACCUCACCCUCUCAUGCCACCUCCCCCUCUCCUGCCCAAACCCCCUCUCCGCAAACCUCACACUCUCAUGCCACCUCACCCUCUCCUGCCCAAACCCCCUCUCCGCAAACCUCACACUCUCAUGCCACCUCACCAUUAUUUUCAAAAAACCCCUCUCCAGCCCAAGCCCACUCCAUUUCCCAAACCCCCUCUCCAGCCUACACACCCUCUCCAGACCAAUCCCACUCUCUGA